AUGCUGAUGCAGCUCUGUAGUAUCAAGAAUUUGUACCAGAAUCGGUUCCUGGGUCUGGCGGCCAUGGCCUCCCCCACCCGAAGCAGCCAGACCCGCCAGCGCUGUAAGGAUCGUCACAGCUACGGUCCGGACACCUACGCUGUCAACGGUCUGAACCAGGAGGCCUUCAUGCUGGGACUGUCACGGUCCACCAGUGACACUGAUCUGGUUUCCCCGGAUGCUCGCUCCACCCUCACCAUCAGCUCCUCUCACUACACCAUAGGCCAGUCUGAAGACCUGGUGAUCACAUGGGACAUCAAGGAGGAGGUAGAUGCUGGGGACUGGAUCGGAAUGUAUCUUGUAGAUGAGGCUUUGUCUGAGAACUUUCUGGACUAUAAGAACCGCGGAAUCAACGGAUCUCACAAGGGACAGAUAGUUUGGAAAAUCGACUGCAGCUCCCACCUCACCGACUCUGAGACCCAGGUCUGCUUCAGGUACUACCACGGUGUCACCGGAGCACUGAGGGCAACUACACCCAGCGUAACCAUCAAGAAGGGCGCUGCACCUGUAUUAAAGCCAGUGGUUAGUCCAGAAGUCAACCAUGGACUGGGAAACAGGAGGCUUAUUAACUUUUCCUUGUCAGACCUCCAGGCACUUGGUUUGAAGAAGGGGAUGUUCUUCAAUCCGGACCCGUAUCUGAAGCUCUCCAUUCAGCCUGGAAAACACAGCAUCUUCCCCUCGCUGCAGCACCACGGUCAGGAGAAACGCUCCAGCGUGGUCUGCAACACAGUCAACCCACAAUGGAACAUGGAGAGGUUUAACUUUGUGUCUCUGCCCACUGAUGUGCUGGAGAUCGAGGUGAAGGAUAAGUUUGCCAAGAGUCGGCCGAUCAUCAAGCGCUUCCUGGGGAAGCUCUCGGUCCCCGUCCAGAGGCUGUUGGAAAAACACGCCAUUGGGGAUCGGGUUGUGAGUUACACUCUGGGUCGUAGGUUGCCUACAGAUCACGUCUGCGGGCAGCUGCAGUUCCGCUUUGAGCUGGCCUCCUCUAUUCACCCAGAUGAUGAGGAGAUGUCACUGGUCAUAGAAGCAGCCUGUCCUGAAGCAGAGAACGCAGCAGACGUGGACCAUGCUGCCGACGCUCCUGAUGAUGACACUGUGAGUGUUGGACCUGACAUGCCUGACCUCCCUCUUGAUGCUCCUCCCGACCCCGACACCUCCGCGCCGCCAGCUCCAGCGGCCGAAACCUCCACCCACGACGAGGAGGAGGUCCGACCCGCUGAGGCGGAGGAGGCUGAGGCGGCAACAGAGGUGGAGCAAGCUACCCUGGAGGAGGACAGCACAGUGAGGGAGGAGCCCCUGUCUGCUGAGCCCCAGGUGGAGCAGCAGCAGGAGGAGGAGGAUGAGGGUGCAGCUGAACAGCAGGAGGAGAGCACUGGAGCUGGGGUAGAAGAGGGAGGAGGGGAGGAGAGGCAGCAGGUGGAGGAAGAGCAGGUGGAGCAGAGAGAAGAGGGUGCAUCGUGUGUAGAGGGGGAGGCAGGAGGAGAAGAAAAGGAGGAUGGGGAGGAAAGUGAGCCAAAGCCAGACUCUGACAAUCCCACAGCAGAGACUACGAAUGAUGAGGCUCCUGCUGCUGAGGCUCCGGCAGAGGGAGGCACCACCUCCCAGGAGGCCCCUGUAGAACCAGCAGGAGGGGCCCCGCAGGAAGUGACAGACGGAGGAAACUCCGCCCCGUGUACCUGCCAAUCCCUGUUCACGAACUACAGCUCCCACGGCCCCUCGCGGCGUAAGAACCGCCCCUGCUCCCUGCCCGUGUCAGAGCUUGAGACGGUGAUCGCGUCGGCCUGCGGCGAGCCGGAAACGCCGAGAUCCCAUUACAUCCGGAUUCACCACCUCCUCCACAGCCUCCCCUCGGCCCAGCAGCGAGCUCCCAGCCAGGAGGAGGAGCCUGGGGAGGGAGAGAAUACGAGUACAACUCAAGAUAACACCUCCACAUCACCAACGCUUAAAACCUCCAAGGACGGAGAGGAGGAGGGGCAGGAGGAGGAGGACGAGGAGGAUACAACCCAGUCUCCCACUCAGGUCCCAGAGUGUCCGGGUCCUUGCUGUCGUCGCUCUCUUCCUCGCAGCCUCUCCAUCGAACGCCUCUCUGAGCUGAACCAGCUACUGGAAGGUGAGGGAGGAGGAGGAGGAGGUGGAGGACAUCCAGCAGUCAGGAGGUUCUCCCCCUCCUGCCUGGAGGGCGAGGAGGGGGAUUCCAGUAACGGAGGAGGAGGAGGAGGAACUAGAGUCGGAGGGAGCAGCCACAGGCCGCACGGCGAAAACGAGUGUGAGUUCUGCGACACCUCCUGCUACAGCACCUCCUGCUACAGCACCUCCUGUUACAGUACGUCCUGCUACAGCAACUCAGGCUACGAGGGGAGGGGUCGCUUCUGCAGCCACACCCGCCUCUCGUCCGUGGACAGCAACCGGCUCUCCGGCAGCACCGUGUUCUCCUCGCAGGAUGAAGACGAAGACGAGGAGAGCGCCUUCGAGUCCUUACCUGACCCCGGCCAGAGCCCCGAAGGCCAGGAGGGGGGCGGGUCAGGAGGAGAGAGGAGGGCGGGGAGGUGGAAGGAGGCCAGGAGAGGAGAGCAUGGGGAGCCAGCUGUGGCAGGGCCCAGUGACAGGAACAGCACUGGCCCAGGCUCCUCCCCUCCUGUUGGCCAUCUUCCAGUCCUUCGACCCAGCCAUGACCUAAACCAUUUUCCUGCAGCCACUGACCAAGCCUUACCUCCAAACUGGGAAGCUCGCAUCGACAGCCAUGGGAGAGUUUUCUACGUGGACCACGUCAACCGGACCACGACCUGGCAGAGGCCGAGCAACGGCGGCAAGUGUAACCACGGCAUCCCUCGAUCGGGAUCCACCCAACAGAUGGAGCAGCUCAACAGGAGGUACCAGAGCAUCCAGAGGACCAUGGCCACAGAGGAGGAGGGUGGCGGUCAGAGGUUAGAGAGGAGCAACAGUACAGAGACAGAGACUGAUUCUCCUCCAACAGGCCCCUCCUCACCUGUCAAUCACCAGAAGAUCAGCCAUCUCCUCCAAUCACCUGCUGUCAAGUUCAUCACACACCCAGAAUUCUUCACUGUGUUGCACAGUAACUAUGCAGCGUACCGGAUGUUCACCAGCAGCAGCUGUGUGAAACACAUGAUCCUGAAGGUGCGUCGCGAUGCCAGAAACUUUGAGCGCUACCAACAUAACCGGGACCUGGUGGUCUUCCUCAACAAGUUCACAGACACUCAGCUGGAGCUGCCGCGGGGCUGGGAGAUCAAGACUGACCCCCAGGGCAAGUCUUUCUUUGUGGACCACAACAGUCGAGCCACCACCUUCAUCGACCCUCGCAUCCCUCUGCAGAACGGCCGUCUGCCCGGACACCUCGCUCACAGACAACACCUGCAGAGACUGCGCAGUUACAGCGCCGGGGAGGCCUCUGAUGUGUCUCGGAGUCGCGGGGCUUCUCUGAUGGCCAGACCUGGAAACAGCCUGGUCGCUGCCAUACGAAGCCAGCAUCACGCUCCAUGUAGGCACUGUCAUAACAUCCCAUUACUAAUCAAUAUUUACUCUUACAAUGAUAAGAUCGUGGCGUUCCUUCGACAGCCGAACAUAUUUGACAUGUUGCAGGAGCGACAGCCCAGCCUGAGCAGAAACCAUGCACUCAGGGAGAAGAUCCACUACAUCCGAACAGAAGGUACUCAGGGUGUGGAGAAGCUGUCAUGUGAUGCAGACCUGGUCAUCCUGUUGAGUUUAUUUGAAGAGGAAAUCAUGUCUUACGUUCCGCCUCACCCCAUCCACCCCGGCUUCAGCUUCUCUCCUCGCUGCUCUCCCGCCUCCUCACCUCAGAACUCUCCUGGCCUGCAGAGAGCCAGGGCUCCAGCUCCUUACCGCAGAGACUUUGAAGCCAAGCUAAGAAACUUCUACAGGAAAUUAGAGGCGAAGGGUUACGGCCAGGGACCAGGCAAGAUCAAGUUGCUGAUCAGGAGAGAACACCUGCUGGAAGGAACCUUUAACCAGGUGAUGGCGUACUCCCGCAAAGAGCUGCAGAGGAACAAACUCUACGUCACCUUCAUCGGAGAGGAGGGAUUAGAUUACAGCGGUCCGUCCAGAGAGUUUUUCUUCCUCUUGUCUCAGGAGUUGUUUAAUCCCUACUACGGCCUGUUUGAAUACUCGGCCAACGACACUUACACCGUUCAGAUCAGCCCCAUGUCAGCAUUUGUGGAAAACCAUCUGGAAUGGUUCCGUUUCAGUGGUCGUAUCCUGGGCCUGGCCUUGAUUCAUCAGUACCUGCUGGAUGCUUUCUUCACCAGACCUUUCUACAAGGCCCUGCUCAGACUGCCCACAGACCUGUCUGAUCUGGAGUAUCUAGAUGAAGAGUUCCACCAGUCUCUUCAGUGGAUGAAAGAUAACGACAUCACAGACAUCCUGGACCUCACCUUCACCGUUAAUGAGGAGGUCUUUGGCCAGGUGACAGAGCGGGAGCUGAAGUCAGGCGGCUCCAACCUUCAGGUGACCGAGAAGAACAAGAAAGAUUAUAUAGAGCGGAUGGCCAAGUGGAGGGUGGAGAGAGGAGUGGUGCAGCAGACGGAGGCGCUGGUCAGAGGCUUCUAUGAGGUGGUUGACUCCAGGCUGGUGUCAGUAUUUGACGCCCGGGAGCUGGAGCUAGUCAUCGCUGGUACAGUAGAGAUAGACCUUGUUGACUGGAGGAGCAACACAGAGUACAGAGGAGGUUACCAUGACGGUCACAUAGUGAUGAGGUGGUUCUGGGCGGCCGUGGAGCGUUUCAACAACGAGCAGCGCCUGCGGCUGCUGCAGUUUGUCACAGGGACGUCCAGCGUGCCGUACGAAGGCUUCGCCGCCCUGAGGGGAUCCAACGGCCUGCGACGCUUCUGCAUCGAGAAGUGGGGCAAAGUUACCUCGCUCCCCAGGGCUCAUACCUGUUUUAAUCGUCUGGACCUGCCGCCAUACCCUUCAUACACCAUGCUGUAUGAGAAACUGCUGACGGCCGUGGAAGAAACCAGCACGUUUGGCCUGGAGUGA